GCCCGGUUACAUAAAGACCCGCCGUUGUCUCUGAAGCAACGUCGCGAUCCUUACUCUCGUUUUCGUUAUCGAAGUUUACUGAUUUCCGAAGCGCACGAUCGCGUGAUCGUCGAUCUUGUCAAGUUAGUGCGUACACUUGUUGACCGUCAACAUGGGGAGUAAGAAAUCGGAUAUUCUGUACCUGUUCGAUCGACCGGCGGAGCCGGUGUACGUGCCCAAGGGAGAGAACAAAGUCGCUUUCGAUGUACCAGCUAACUACUUGCCUGGGGAUCGGCAACAGAAUGCUCCCGCUAUUGUGAACCGUUUCGCCGAUGAUACUGCGUCGAAAAUUUCAGUGAAGCAGAUCAGUCUGCCUGAUUUGAGCGUCCCUCUUCAACUCGGACGUCGAGAACCCUUCUCUCUUUUCAUCCCUAAGCAUCGCAAAUUAGCCGCACGACUUAUCGACAUUUUCUUGGGUAUGCGAACGUACGACGACUUUCUUUCGGUGUCGGUUUACUGUCGCGAUCGCGUUAAUUCCGAGAUGUUCAUCUACGCGCUUUCGGUGGCGAUGCUGAAUCGUCCCGAUACCAAGAAUCUACCGAUACCACCGCUGUCAGAAAUUUUCCCGGACAAGUACAUCGACAGCGGGAUAUUUGCCAGAGCGAGGGAGGAAGCCAACGUUGUACCAGCUGGCUCCAGGGUGCCUAUCGAAAUUCCGCGAGAUUAUACUGCGUCGGAUCUUGACGAGGAACAUCGCGUGGCUUAUUGGAGGGAAGAUAUCGGGAUCAAUCUUCAUCACUGGCACUGGCAUCUGGUCUAUCCGUUCGAGACCGACAUCAGGAUUGUUAACAAGGAUCGGCGUGGCGAGCUAUUCUACUAUAUGCACCAUCAGAUCCAAGCCAGAUACAAUUGCGAGCGUCUGUGCAACCGAUUGGGCCGAGUGAAGCGCUUCCACAAUUGGCGCGAGCCAAUCCCGGAGGGUUAUUUCUCCAAGUUAGAUUCGUUGGUGGCCAGUCGCACUUGGCCCGCCCGCCCCGCCGGCGCCGUUCUCAAAGAUAUCAACCGUCCUGUGGAUCAACUGAACUUCGACCUUCAGGACCUGGAGAGAUGGCGCGAUCGUAUCUACGAGGCCAUUCACACCGGCGCCUACAUCAACCCCCGCGGCGAGAGGGUGCCUUUGACCGAGUUCGGCGGCGUGGACGUGCUUGGUAACAUCAUGGAGGCCAGCAUCCUCUCACCUAACCAGAAUGUAUACGGGGACCUUCACAAUCUCGGUCACGUUGCCAUAUCUUACUGCCACGAUCCUGAUCAUCGCUACUUGGAAACUUUUAGUAUCAUGGGAGAACCGGCUACCGCCAUGAGAGAUCCCAUCUUCUACAGAUUCCACGCUUUCACUGACGAUGUGUUCCUGGAGCACAAGAAUACACUUCCCGAGUACAGCCUACAGCAGUUAGACUUCCCCGGCGUAGAAAUCACGGACAUAGCAGUGCAGACUCCGAAUCAGCCGGCGAAUUUGAUUUCGACCUUCUGGACCAAGAGCGAUGUUGAUCUGUCCCGCGGUCUGGACUUCACGCCUCGCGGUCCAGUUCUCGCAAGAUUCACCCAUCUGAAUCAUGCCGACUUCACAUACAGAAUCGUCGCCAACAAUCGUAACAACGCACCGGUACGAGGGACCGUUCGUAUAUUCAUCGCGCCCAGGACGGACGAACGUGGAUUGCCCUACGUCCUCAGGGACCAGAAGGAGCUCAUGAUCGAGAUGGACAAGUUCACUGUAUUACUGAAGCCGGGAUCGAAUACUAUCGAGCGUAAAUCAACGGAAUCUUCGGUAACUAUACCGUUCGAAAGGACGUUCCGCAAUCUCGAAGAGAACAGGCCAAUCGGCGGCGAUAGCCUGGACCAGUUCAACUUCUGCGGGUGUGGCUGGCCGCAGCACAUGCUGGUACCUAAGGGCAAGGAGGAGGGAUUCCCGAUGGACCUCUUCAUCAUGAUAUCCGAUUACACCGGUGACGCGGUGGAGCAGGACGAAUCGGCCGGAUGCAAGGACGCGGUGAGUUUCUGCGGCCUGCGGGACCGCAAGUAUCCAGACGCGCGGCCGAUGGGCUAUCCGUUCGAUCGUAGACCCCGCGCUGGCGUGGAGACCCUGGCCCAAUUUCUGACCGGCAAUAUGGCAGUCGCGCAGAUCAACAUCCGUCAUACGGACACCGUGCAGCCGCGAGUGCGAUCCGGAAGUAUGAGCAACACCCUCACCUUCGCCUGAUCCCGAUGAUUGACCGGCCGACCAAACGCGGAUCGCUCGUACACCUCCGCCGAGAAUUUCAGCUUCUCCUACCGCACAUUUCCCAGUAACGAUCCUGUAAUAUCCGUCGUAGAAUCGCGACUGAUUGCGUGGAAGCGCGACACGUUUCCCAUCAUAAUCCAUAUCCUCGGAUGGCGAGCGUUAGAAUGACGACGGUGGGACGGGGGCGGAUAAAAAGCCGGAGGUAGGCGAAACGCUAUUUCCAUAUCUCAAUGACAAAAGAUUAUCCGAGGGACAAGAGAGAGAAAGAGAGAGAGAGAUUUUUCGUGUUCAGGAAUGCAGAAUCUUGUGCGUUUUAAUCACCAAAAUUCCCACAUGAUACCGCGAAAUGGAUUCUCGCUGGUUCUCUGAUGGUUAAAUUUUACUGGAAUUGCGACUAUCUUGUACAACUUAUCUUCUUUAAUCUUGAAAUAUUUUAUAGAUAUUUUUGUACUCAAAUAUUUUCCCUCUCUUAGCCGCUUUAUUUCAACAGCCGCUAAUAUAAAUACAUCUAGCGAGUUAUCUAUGUAAAUGAAUUGACAUAUAUUGCUAUUUUUAUUUUAAUUUUAUAAAUGUUUUGUUAUGAAAAAGAGCUCUUGUAAGCCGCGCGUUUGAAUAUUCUCUUGAACGAUCUUGUAGAAGCAGUUUUAUUUACGAUUUCAUAAUUUUGCGCAUCCACGGGCAAUGAGUACCGCUUAACAAAUUGUAUUUUUGCGUGAAAACGGGAACAAAGACGUGUCCCGAACGUUCAAGCGAAGCUUUUCCCGUCUUCUUUCUCUCGUUUUUUGCAUUAAGGGAACUAGAUUGUAGGAAGCAAAUGUAAAAAGCAAAAAAAGAUAAAAAUAAAGUCUAUGCAAAUUA